AUGUCCAGUGAAACAAAAACGAUCAAAUGUGUUUGUGUUGGCGACGGAACCGUGGGCUUUGAAUAUAUUAGAUCUAUAAGUUAUUCCAAUACCGAUGUAUUUUUAGUAUGCUACAGUGUUAUGUCUCCAAGUUCAUUCACAAAUGCUCAGAAAGUAUGGAUACCAGAAAUAAGAAGAUCAAAUCCCAAAACACCAUUCGUAAGUGUAGACAACAACAGCAGAGCGUUAAAGUUCAGUGAUGACAAUAUUGGAGAAGUGUUGGUUGGAACCAAAAUCGAUUUGAGACGAAAUGAAGAAGAAAUUGAAAAAUUAGCCAAAUCAAAAAUGAAGUCGAUUUCACGUGAACAAGGAGAAAAAAUGGCAAAAGAAUUUCAUGCUUAUGCCUACAUUGAAUGUUCAGCAUUGACACAAGAAAAUUUAGAACAAACAUUUCACAAUGCGAUUUCAGCCACAAUCGAACGAAAUAAAAAGAAAACUUCUAAACAGUUGCCUUGUUGUAAUUGUGCACUUUUGUAA